UUAAUAAGCUAUUUUGCUACUAUAUUUAUAAUAUAUCAGAAGAAUUAUGUAUUCUGAUUCUGAAUCUCAAAAAAAUCCGGGUUAUUUGGCGGAAUUUGGCCAGAAAUCAAGCCAAAAUCGUCAUUUUUUGCGUAGAAGCUUUUCACAGAUAUCUGAUAAGGUUGAACAUGAGGAACAAUCAAGAGAUACGGACUCUAAUAUAUUACAUUUAAUAUCUCCUCAUCAGCAGAUGCGUGUAAAUGAGGAAGAAGAUAUUGAAAAAGAAAAGAUAUAUCUUAUGAAGCAACUACAGAAGACAAAAGAUGAAAUUGAGAAGUAUAGAAGAGAAAUUUAUUCACUUGAAAUGGAUAGAAAUGGUGGGGAAGGACAAUCCUAUAAAAAUAUGGAUGAUCUUGUAGAUUCACUUCUUAAUUCAAACAAUUACUUUUUGGAAAAUCAAUCUGAUCCUAGAAUUGUGGCUGAUGAUACAAUGAUAUCUGCAUUGCCUCUUUCUGUCGAAAAUCCAAUUCCUCAAUUACGAAUUUUUAAUCAGCUUAACUUUCAUGAUACAUCUAAUAGAAUUGUUUCAUCAGAAGAACAUGGACAUUUAAUUCGAGAACAUUGUUUAAAGGGAGAUUGUUAUAAUGGGCAUAUAUUUUUUGAUAUUAAAAUGCUUGUAGAUGAGGGCACUUUAACAGUUACAUUUCUAAAUGUUAAAGUAUCACCUUGGACAUAUCCAGAAUUGCAUGAGUUUCUUUCAUUAAUGAUGCAAGAAAGAAAUGUCAAUAAUGUCUUUUAUGGGAUCUCAUCUUAUUCAAAAUUGUCAACUAUACGCUGUGAUCUGUUUUCUCGCUUAUCUACUAAAUAUUCACAACUUUUGUCAUAUGAUGAUUAUACAUUAAAAAUGAACAAAAGACUACCAGAAGAGUUUUUUGGUGUUCAAUAUUUACAUUUUGUUCAUGAAAAUGGCUUCGAAUUGAUUCUAAAUUGGAAGAUAAAGAUAGAUCACAUUACUGCUGAUGCUAGUAGCGAUAUCUCCGCUCUUCCAAGAUAUCCUGAAAGCUGGGAUCUCUUUGAUGAAACUAAUGUCUUAAAAAAAAUGAAUCAUAUGUUUCAAAAAAUGAUAAAAUAUAAAGGAAUCUAUAUCGCAUGCAUUCUUUUACUUUCUUCUCUCUUUCAUGUCGAUUCCUCUUAUUCUUGAUUCAUUGGUCUUUUCAUAUGGCUAACACUUAAUACUUUCAUAUA